UAACUCUGGAGUUUUUGCUGUGUAUAUAUACACUAAGCAUAGAUUUCUACAAACACACUCACAAAGAAAAGCAAAAGCAAAAUAUUAUUAAACGAAAACAAAUAUAGUCAAAUAUAACCCCACAGGAUUCAAGUGGGAUGACAAAGAAAUGGGUGUGCCUGUGUGUUUUUCUUUCACUUUUAUUGAAGUACUGUAAGCGAGGCUGGCUUUUGUUAUGUGGACAAUUACAUGAUUAUUAGUUUCUAGGCUGCAGGACACAUAACUACAAACAACAAGCUGAUAGAAACAUCAGGAGUAUCUCAUAUGUGUUUGUACUACAGGAACCUACAGAAUUUAUUGAUAAAGACAUGAAUUCAUCACAUAAAGUGGAAGAUCUGAGGAUUGUGUUACUGGGUAAAACUGGAUCAGGAAAGAGUGCAACAGGAAACACUAUCCUGGGGAGAGAUGAGUUUAAAGAAUCGUGUGGUCCUGAGUCUGUCACUGAAAACUGUUAUAAAGAAGAAGCAAAAAUAAAGAACAGAAACAUCUCAGCAAUUGACACUCCAGGACUCUUUGAUACAUCAAUAAGUAAAGAGAAUCUAAAGUCUGAAAUCGUGAAGUGUGUGUACUUGUCUGCUCCUGGUCCUCAUGUGUUUCUGCUGGUCAUCAGACUGGAUGUGAGAUUCACAGAAGAGGAACAGAACACAGUGAAAUGGAUUCAAGAGAACUUUGGAGAAAAGGCCAUGCAGUACACAAUGGUUCUGUUCACUCAUAUAGAUCAGAUAAAUCAGCCAGUAGAGGAAUAUGUAGAGAAAAGCAGAGAGCUGAAACGUUUGGUUAAUGAAUGCAAGGCUGGAUAUCACUGUUUUAAUAACAAAGACAAAAAUAAUCGAACACAGGUCACUGAACUGAUCGCGAAGAUAAACAGACUGCUGGAUGAGAAUGGAGGACACCAUUACACCAAUGAUAUGUAUGAGGAAGCUCAGAGAAAAUUCACAGAAGUAGAGGAGAAAAUAAAACAGCUGUAUGAGAAAGAAAUCAAACAAAUGGAAGAGAGAAUGAAGACGGAAAACAUGAGAAUAAUGGAGGAGAACAGGAGACAAAUGGAGGAAGAGUACACAAGACAAAUGAAUGAGAACAGAAGACAAAUGGAGGAGAACAGAAGAGUAAUGGAGGAGAACAGGAGACAAAUGGAGGAGAACAGAAGAGUAAUGGAGGAGAACAGGAGACAAAUGGAGGAGAACAGAAGAGUAAUGGAGGAGAACAGAAGAGUAAUGGAGGAGUACAGAAGACAAACGGAAGAGAACACAAAUGGAAAAAGACAAAUGGAGGAAUACUUGACACAACAAAAUAAUUGGGAAAAGAAAUGUGUAGCUAAAUUCAUCAUUGAUGGGGUAAUUCUUUUGAUGCCACUGUGUCCAUACAAAGAAGUUAGAUAUGUAGCAACAAUUAUAAACGGAUUGAUUGUAAUAUGGGUAAUAUACAAGGGGAAUAUUGAAAAAAAGAUGAAUAAUUCAGAAGUAAUUUCUAAAUUUAAAAAAUUUUUUUGGGGUGGCCUAGGUACAGACAUGCCAACUUAAAAUAGGCAACCUAAUACAAGUAGAGUUUACUUAGCUAUAUCUGAGUUUUCUCACCCAAACAUGUUUUUAAAAGCAUUAAAAACUGAAGUUUAUAUUUAACUUUGUUAUAUCAUUAUUCUGUAUUAUAUUCAAAAUAUAGACACCAUAUCAAAUGUUCAAAUUCUAAUCUGUUUUUAAUUUAUAUAUUGUAGCUGGCCUUCCGAAACCUUGCAUGUCCAAAUUAUUAAUUGAAUACUGUUGUCAAAGUUCACAAGCACGUUUUAAUACUUUUUAUUGGUUACAUAUUUGUGACAAAAAUGAUUUAUUAUUUACGGCAAAAAAAUCAUCAUGAACUAUAAUGUCUGAUUUUACGGUGUUUUACUUGGUGUAAUAAAAUCAAUAAUAAUAAUUGGUAUAAAGAGUAAAUAAGUGCAACUGUUGGUUGCUAUAUAAGUAUUAGCAAACAGAAUUUGAUUCAUAAGAACCAUAAUACAUGCUGGGUGUCAUGGAAUAGUUUUGUUUAGGUACCCAGCAUGCAUUGCAGCAUUAAACAAUUUGUUUAUCACCAUUGUUGAGUGUCUUAUGCUGAUUUUGCUCAAAAUAUUGAGCAGGAUCAUAUAACCCAGGGAUGUGCAAUUUUGAUCCUGUGGAGCUACUGUCAUGUAGGGUCUAGCUCCAAACCUAAUCAAAUAUUUCGAGCACUCCUGUCUGUAGCUUCGCUGAUUACAAGGAAGCAGAUGAAAACUAUUGAAUCUAUGUUAAAAACUGAUGAGUUGCUAAUGUUAAAGCUCUCUGUGAUUAAUGAUGAAAUUCCAUCAAAGCACCAUCAUUGUGAUCAGAGUUAUCAGUUUGCUUAUGACUCUUAUUUAGUUAUUUUUCUUUCCUCUGUAUGUGUUUAUAACAAUAUAUCUAUAAGAACACUUGUGCAUUAAUAAAGAGA